CGAUUCUCCUGGCAAGGCAGCUUGUGAUUGGGUAGUAAAAACCCAGUAGAGAAAAUACAGCUUAUAAAUUCCCUCUCUAUUUCUCUAACCCCCAAACCUUCACUCCCAUUUUCCUCCAAUUUUUCUCCUCCGAUCCAGAAAAUCCCCCCACCCAUUUCCUCCUCCCGGGUCAUUUAGUCAAUGGCAUCCGAAACCGACAAGCCCAGAUCCGGAUCGGAUAACAGCGAGGACUCUCCAGCACCUCCGCCGCCGAAGCGCAAGAUAGCCCUGGUGACCGGAAUCACCGGCCAAGACGGCUCCUACCUGACCGAAUUCCUCCUCGGCAAGGGCUACGAGGUCCACGGCCUGAUCCGACGGUCGUCGAACUUCAACACCCAGCGGAUCAACCACAUAUACAUCGAUCCCCACAACACCCAGAAGGCCCUGAUGAAGCUCCACUACGCCGAUCUCGCCGACGCUUCCGCCCUGCGCCGUAGACUGGAUGUUAUUCUUCCGGAUGAGGUGUACAAUCUUGCUGCCCAGUCGCAUGUCGCCGUGUCGUUCGAGAUCCCGGAUUACACGGCGGAUGUCGUCGCCACCGGUGCGCUCAGGCUUCUCGAGGCGGUCCGGUCGCACAUCGCGGCUACCGGCCGGACCCAUAUCCGGUACUACCAGGCCGGAUCCUCUGAAAUGUUCGGAUCCACACCACCACCCCAGUCCGAAACCACCCCAUUCCACCCCAGGUCCCCCUACGCCGCCUCCAAAUGCGCAGCUCAUUGGUACACUGUGAACUACCGGGAGGCAUACGGUAUCUUUGCCUGCAAUGGGAUCCUCUUCAACCACGAAUCCCCACGGCGUGGUGAGAACUUUGUGACCCGGAAAAUCACACGAGCCGUGGGCCGGAUCAAGAUCGGGCUCCAGAGCAAGCUCUUUUUAGGAAAUUUGCAGGCAGCUAGGGAUUGGGGGUUUGCAGGAGACUACGUGGAGGCCAUGUGGCUGAUGCUGCAGCAGGAGAAGCCGGACGACUACGUAGUGGCGACGGAGGAGGCCCACACGGUGGAGGAGUUCUUGGGAGUGGCUUUUGGGUACGUUGAGUUGAAUUGGCAAGACCAUGUGGUGAUUGACAAGCGGUAUUUUCGGCCGACAGAGGUCGAUAAUCUGCAAGGGGACUCGAGCAAGGCUAGGAAAGUACUCGGGUGGAAACCUAAAGUCGGGUUUGAGCAGUUGGUGAAGAUGAUGGUUGAUGAGGAUUUUGAGUUGGCUAAGAGGGAGAAAGUUCUUGUUGAUGCUGGGUACAUGGAUGCUCAACAGCAACCUUGAUCCCCAAGGACCCUAACCAUAUUGUGUUCUCUAGUUAUGGUUAAAUUCAAUUUGAUUAUAUUGCUUCAAAAUUUCUGGAAUAUGGGUUCUCUUUGUUUUCCUAGUCUUUGAUUAGGGGACUGAUUUUCUUUCAAAAAUGCUAUUCAUUCAAUUUGAGGAAGUUCAUAUAUAGUUUCUGUUACUGUAUUAGCUGUAAUCUCUUUUGGAGAUGGUCUGAAUGAUAAGAACGAGUUCUAAUA